GAGGGAAGCUGCGGUUGAUAAGCACGGCGCAACCGUCCCGCACCGCGCCUGCGGGAGCAUGGAGACGGGAACUGUCGUCCCGCUGCUCCCUGAGAGCGAGGCCAGCGGAGCCCCCGAGGGUGAUGCCACGAGCAGGAAUCCCUAUGCGGGGCUGGUGAGCCACCUGCGGGCAUCCUGGCUCUCGGGGAAGACGCGGCCCUUGGAAUACCGCACGGCCCAGCUGGAGGCCCUGGGACGCUUCCUGGAUGACAAGAAGCAGCAGAUCUUGGAGGCCACUGCCUCUGACUUGGGCAAGGUACCCUUUGAAGCCGAAUUAUCUGAGAUCUUCCUGUCCAAGAACGAGCUCUAUGAGACCCUGAAAAACUUGUCCCGCUGGAUGAAGGACGAGCAGGUGGACAGGACUCUGGCAACGAGGAUGGACUCCGCCUUCAUCCGCAAGGAGCCCUACGGGGUGGUGCUCAUCAUAGCGCCCUGGAACUACCCCAUCCACCUCUUCCUGGUGCCCCUCAUCGGGGCCGUCGCUGCUGGGAACUGUGUCAUUGUCAAACCCUCGGAGAUGUCCAAGAAGACAGAAAGAAUCGUGGCAGAAGGGCUGCCCAGCUACCUGGACAAGGACUGCUUUGCUGUGGUGACCGGUGGCGUGCCGGAGACCACCAGGCUGCUGGAGAACAAGUUUGACUACAUCUUCUUCACUGGCAGCCCCCCAGUGGGGCGGAUCGUGAUGACGGCCGCUGCCAAGCACCUGACCCCGGUGACGCUGGAGCUGGGGGGCAAGAACCCCUGCUACGUGUCCGACACCUGCGACGUGACCAACGUGGCGCGGCGCGUGGCCUGGGGCCGCUUCUUCAACGCGGGGCAGACCUGCAUCGCGCCCGACUACCUGCUCUGCACCGUAGAGAUGCAGGAGAAGCUCAUCCCGGCCCUGCGUGAGGCCAUCACUGAUUUCUACGGCCCCAACCCCCGAGAAUCCCCGGAUUUCGGCCGCAUUGCAGGGGACAAGCAGUUCCGGCGGGUGCAGAGGCUGCUGGGCAGCGGGCGCGUGGCCCUCGGGGGACAGACGGACGAGGCGGAGCGCUACAUCGCUCCCACGGUGCUGGCGGACGUGCAGCCCUCGGAUCCCAUCAUGCAGGAGGAGAUCUUCGGGCCCAUCCUGCCCAUCGUCGUCAUCACCAGCACGGAUGAAGCCAUCGACUUCAUCAACAGCCGGGAGCGGCCCUUGGCCCUCUACGCCUUCUCCUCCGAUGACAAGGUGGUGAACCAGGUCCUGGAGCGGACGAGCAGCGGUGGCUUCUGUGGCAAUGACACCCUGAUGCACAUGUCAAUGCCCUCGCUGCCCUUUGGAGGCAUUGGGAACAGCGGCCUGGGAAGGCACCACGGGAAGUUCAGCUUCGACACCUUCUCCCACCACCGCGGGUGCCUGAAGCGCGGGAUGGGCUGGGAGCCCCUCAAUGCCCCGCGCUACCCCCCCUACAGCCAGCAGAAAUUCGGGGUCAUCCGGGCCACUUGCAAGGUGACGCGUAAGAACGACUGCACCCUGCUCUGAGGGUCUCCGCACCCCGCUCGGAGCCUCCCCGCUCAGCACAUCUCCCGCUGCUGGUGCCAGCACCCAGGUGCAAUG